UGUCUAUUUUGAGCAAGAAGAGAAAAAUGUUUAAAAUAAAAUUCUUGUUGAUGAUGAUUAUUAUUGUAGUAAUGAUCGAUGAUAGUCAUUCAAUCAUUGUGCAUGGUGAUAAUCAAAAUCAAACCAUAUCCUACAAUGUACGAUAUCCAUAUAAAGCCAUUUAUGGUUUACCAAAUUCAUUAAAAUGUCAUCAAUCAAUCUAUGAACGAUUUGAUCAAUGCGAAAAAACAUCACAUAAUGAUUGGAAAAUUACUAUUGAUGAAUAUUUUUACGAAACAAAAAAAUUUUGUUGUUUUAUUUGGGAUGCAAUGAAUUGUGAAAUGGAUGUUUCUAAACAAUGCAAUCAUAAUUAUGCCAUAGAACUUGAAUUGAAUACAAAACAAACAUAUCAAACAUUAUGUGAUCAUAUUGGUUAUGGUCAUGGAAAUUGGAAAUGUUGGUGGACAGAAAAUCGAAUAAUUAUUGUCAGUAGUGUAGUUGGAGGUGCAUUGGUACUUCUUACAAUAUUUUGUAUAGGUUUCGGUUUAUAUAAAUAUGUUCAAUCAAAUAACCAAGUAAUAAAGUAAGUAUUAUUUCGUUUUGUUU